AUGUUCCAGCCGAUGGAUAUAGCUAACGGUGGUAGUCAACAAGUGGUGAUUCGGAGCAACCAAUCCCAGCAACAACAGCAAACACCCCAGAUGUUCACCCCCCAGUACGGCUACCAGCAGCAGCAUUCCUACUUCGCGACCUACCCUAAUGCGCCAAACAGCGGCGCGUCCUCGGCGCCCAACAAAGGUGAUAUGAACUUCGUCGCACAGCAGCCCUCCCCGUAUGUGCAGCAACAGCACCCCGUGCUCUCGUAUAGGUACACACAGGAGAUGCCCAACAGCAAUCAGUACAUCAACCCCGUCCGUUACCAGCCAAAUCAAGACAAUCAGCGCCUUCUCACGUCGGUAGGGUACGUUACGGGCAAUAGUGGGCAGGAGGGGUUUCAGAUGCCCUCGCCGCCUCAGCAGCAGCAGCAGCAGCAGCCUCCGCAUCAACUGCCAAACCAGCAGCGCGGCGGCCGCGGUCGCGGUGGGCUUGGGGGUUGCGGCCUCAACGGCUCCCAAAACGGCAACGGCAACUUCAUCCCGUACUACAGACAGGUGCACAAUAACUACUAUUACAAUCAGCAGCACCACUACAGCAACAAUAAUGCCGUGCCGGAGAAGACUCCAACGCUGCACGUGCUGAAUCCCACCACCAAGAAGGUGAUGUGCGUCAAACUCAACCGCAUCUACUCCACCAUGGCCGACCUCCACUUGCACCCGAACCAGUCGAACCAGAAUGAGAAUAGCAAGGAGACGAACUCUUCGGCGAAUAACCAGGAGGAUUCAACCUCAAACACCCCACUGAUGCUGUGCGUGGACUUCUUGAGCCUGCGGGGCUGUGCGCACGGUAGCGGCUGUGAGAAGGUCCACGUUGCGGGCUUGGAGUACAUGUGGAGCCCGAUAGAGCCCUCUAUUGUGUCUAAGGAUGGGAAGGAGAUAUACAAACCUGGCUUCCGAGUCCACUGCUACGAUUCUGUUUUAACCACCUACUAUGACAUCCCGUCAGAAAUUAUUGAGGUGACUCGAGGUAGCGAAACCUAUGUGGAGAUGUUCAACGAGCACAGGGAUAACUUCAAGACAAAGAUAAAGUUAUGCCCCUCCGUGUUAAAUGAUGAGACAUGCAAGAAGGGUAGGGAGUGCCCUAAUAUUCACUGCUUGUCCAAGGAAUUCGCCGAGGUCCAGGAAAGGAACACCCGCUCCACCCACAUCAACCACCCGCCGCACAUGAAGGACGUGCCACGGCUUCCUGCCGAUAUGAUUGUGCGCGUUUUUGACCAGAACAGCGAUAAAAAUUACCACGACUACCCCGGUACCAACGUGCUUAUUACAGAGGGUGCCAAGAACUACAUUAAGUACUACGAGCGAAAGCUCCACAACAUUCCCUUCUGCAAGAGAAUGCAGCAUUGCGCGCAUUUUAGAUUGAAGGAGAUGUGUCGCCUAGGAGCGUCCUGUCGCUUUCUCCACGUGUUGCCAACCCCAGAGGAGGUCCAAGAAAUGCGAAACCAUGAGGCCUUGGUACUUACCUUGAAAGAUCAGACUGACCAGGGGCAAGUUCGUUAUCUGUAA